AUGGCCUACCACCAACACACGCAAUCCCGCUACGGGCACUGCGACUCGUAUUUCACAGAAUCUCACGAUGAUGGCAUCUACGUUCUCCGUGCUGAGGCUAGGGAACGCCAGCGCAGUAUGGCCAGAAUGCAACAACGGGCUAUCGCAGAGGAGCUUUCAAGACAAACCGCCGACGAGUAUCAGAAGGACAUUAUGGAGCACAUGAUGCACAUGGAGUCACAGACACUGCCAGACGUCAACUCAAUUGAUAUCCAGACAGAGAUCCAGUGGUUCAUGCGCCCCUACCUCCUCGACUUUCUGGUCGAAGCUCACGCCGCCUUCCAGCUGCUGCCCGAAACCCUCUUCCUUGCCGUCAAUCUUCUCGACCGUUACUGCUCUCGUCGUGUCGUCUACAAGCGUCACUACCAGCUUGUUGGCUGUGCUGCCCUCCUCAUUGCCGCCAAGUACGGGGACAAGAAGGAUCGGGUACCAACCGUGCGGGAACUGAAGUCGAUGUGCUGCUCGCUUUACGAUGACGAGAUGUUCACUCAGAUGGAAUGGCACGUUCUGCAAACCCUGAACUGGGCCGUUGGACAUCCCACCGUAGACGCCUUUCUCCAGAUCGCUCUCGCCAACUCCCCGUAUGAUGCCGAAGUGGAGCAUAUGACCCUGUACAUCUCGGAGAUUGCCCUGUUCCACAAGGAGUUCGUAUCUACACCACCUUCGGUCCUUGCUAGGUCUGCUCUCGCCCUCGCCAGGUGUGUGCUUCAACGCCCUCAAGCCAAGCCGGCAGAGUGGGCUGGUGCCUACGAUGCUCAAACCGUUAUGGGCCUCUCCAACCAUCUCUACCAGCCUUCGCCUGUCCUGUCAAGGAAGUAUGCCUCGACACAUCUCUCGAGUGUCGUCGCAACUGUCGACGAGUUCCUUCAGCAACAAGCACGCAACGCACAAAGAACUGCCGCACCGCCGACACCCCCGCCAACACUUACUGUCGAAGAGCCGAAGCACGUCUCAGAAUAUGGACCUUCGACGCCACAAAAGCUGCCUUACGGUGCAAUCAUGAGCAACGGCUGUCUCACCCCUCCAAUCACGCCUGAUGGUGAGGGCCAAUUCGCCGGUCAUGUCGUCAAGUCCCAACCAGCCAACAUGUACCCAUCGACACCGACAUCAGAGCUGCCACCCAACGUAUCGCAACAACAAUAUUAUCACAACUCGUACUUGCACCCCCAGCAUAUGUAA